AAUUUUAGCGCGCCCUUAACCUGGAUAUGGAAUUACUCUUCUUCCAUUCUAUUUCUCUCUAGGGUUUAUUCUCACUCUCACAGAGCUUAAAAAAAACCUCUUCAAUUUACAAUUAACGAUCCAAUUCUGCAUUUCCAACACAUAAAUUUUGCAAUGGCUUCCCUUUUCAAGGACUUAACGAAGCUAUCUGCUUAUAGAGACAGAAGAUUUUCAGGGAAUCAAGAGGAAUUUGAAUAUGCACUUUUAACUUCUACAACUGUUUAUGUUGGCAAUAUGUCAUUUUACACUACUGAAGAGCAAGUUUAUGAACUUUUUUCUAGAGCUGGUGAAAUGAAGAAGAUUAUCAUGGGUUUGGAUAAGAAUACUAAAACCCCUUGUGGGUUUUGUUUUGUUUUGUAUUACUCUAGAGAAGAUGCUGAGGAUGCUGUUAAGUAUAUUAGCGGGACUAUUCUUGAUGAUCGUCCGAUUCGUGUUGAUUUUGAUUGGGGUUUCCAGGAAGGAAGGCAGUGGGGCCGUGGUCGCAGUGGUGGACAGGUUAGAGAUGAAUAUCGUACAGACUAUGAUCCUGGUAGAGGUGGUUAUGGAAAAUUAGUUCAGCAUGAGCUGGAACAGAGACAGCUUGUGGAUUAUGGAGCUGGAUCAUUGGGCUCUUUCCCUCCAGUUAUUGCACCACCUCAGUAUGGCAGACAUGGUGGAAACCACGGUCAUGGUGGUUAUCAGCGGCACGGUAGAGAUUAUCACCGGAAGCGGUUUCGAGAUGACGACCGCCCUGCACGUGACUAUCCAAGAAGAACAUCUGAUCAUGAAUCGAGGAGAAAUAUUGAUCCCGACUCCCGACCGGAAAAGAAUCCGCGUUUCCGUGAAAGUGGCAACUCCGAUGAGGAAGAGGAAGACGAUCGGCCUCGGCGACCUUAGCUAUAGCAUCCAUGUACUCUUUGUAAUGAAGAUGAUUUGUCCUAAACAGAGAUCAGAUUAUAUUCAUGCAACUACCAAAGCCUUGCCUGUUCUUUCA